UAUCAUUCAAAGAUUCGCUUUACAUAAAAUACAUUCAAAAUGAUGGCCAAAAGUAUUUUCGUUCUUUGCACUUCAGCAUUUGUUAUGAAGUGCGCCUUUGGCCAAUGUCUUGCUAGAGAAACGCUUACGGGCUCUGGUCUCACUGGUCCAUUCGGUCCAGGCCGGGCGUACGACGGCUUAAGCCCCUUCGAAGGUUUGGGCUACUCGGGCGCAUGGGCUGGACUUGGUUCCAUGGGACCAGGCCUUGCAGGUUUGGCGCCAGCUAACGGACUCGCUGCAUCCUACGGUGGCGGUCUUACCAUCACCAGCGCUUCACCUAUUGCACCCAACGGUCUCUCAGUCACCUCUGAAAAUGCAAUCGAGGGAACCCUUGCUGUAGCUGGUCAGCUGCCUUUCUUAGGAGCAGUGGCUACUGAUGGCGCGUUCGCUUCAGUGGGUGCUGGUGCAGUGUCUUACGGCUGCGGUGAUGGGGCUGUUGGAAUCACUGCUGAAGGUCCCAUUGGUCAAGCUUCUGGCGUCGCUCCAGCUCCUGGUCUAGGCUACGGACCAGCUUUGGCUGGAUACAAUGGUUUACCUGGACGUAUGGGGGCCGGAAGAUGUGGCGGUAUCUAUUAAUUUUGGUGUGUUGUGUUAAUGGAACAGUUUUGUGUGCGAUUCGCAUGUCUGGUACUAAAAGAAACAGUUAAAUACUUACGUUUUGUACAUAGUUAUUUUAUAAUUAAAUAUGUCUAGUUUUUAUAUGUUUCUUUUAUUAGAAUGGAACAACUGUCGGAUACCCGUGUAGCUGUGGAUACGAUCGAGAGAAACUAUUCUAUUUAAACUGUUCUAAAAACACUUGAAAUUAAGAAAUUGAAAACUUGCAAUUAUGAAUAAUUCACGAUAUAGAUGCCUAUUUGAUGCUGAAUUGCUUGAGGGUUAAGUAAAAAUAAUUCCCUAAAUACAUGACAUAAUAUUUAAAAAAAGUAGUGCUUAGCAUGGAUACGGUCUGAGAAGAUCAUAAUAGAUUGAUUGUAAAACA